GAUUCACUGAUCGUGAUUUCUGUGGCGAGCGACAACUCGCGUGCCGGAUUGUUAACUCUAUUCGUCAAUAUACUUUGUCGCAGAGAAGAGAUUGAAUUAAGAGUUAUCGAGCAUAAUGAGCGAAGAAGAGGACAUCCUCACCAUGAAGCCUCUCGGCGCUGGUCAGGAGGUGGGCAGGAGCUGUAUGAUCAUUGAGUUCAAAGGGAAGAAAAUCCUCCUCGAUAUGGGCAUACAUCCUGGAAUGAAUGGAGUGGACGCAUUGCCUUUCGUCGACCAGAUCGAUGCGGAUGAGAUCGACCUCCUACUCGUGUCCCAUUUCCAUCUGGACCAUUGCGGAGCGUUACCGUGGUUCCUUCAGAAGACAACGUUCAAGGGACGGUGCUUCAUGACACAUGCUACCAAAGCUAUCUACAGGUGGUUGCUCGCUGAUUGUAUCAAGGUUAGCAAUAUUGGAUCGACGAGUUCGAAUAAUCUAUACACCGAAGCCGAUCUGGAAGCCUCUAUGGACAAAAUCGAGGUCAUUAAUUUCCACGAGGAGAAAGAGAUCAACGGGAUUCGUUUCUGGUGUUAUCAUGCGGGUCAUGUGCUCGGCGCAGCCAUGUUCUUCAUCGAGAUCGCUGGGGUGAAGAUUCUCUACACGGGCGACUUUUCCCGACAGGAGGAUCGCCAUCUCAUGUCGGCUGAAAUCCCGUCCGUGAAACCAGACGUUCUCAUCAUCGAGUCCACGUACGGAACGCAUAUCCACGAGAAGCGCCAGGAUCGAGAACAUCGUUUCACUCAUUUGGUGCAAGAGAUCGUCACACGAGGCGGUCGCUGUUUGAUUCCCGUUUUCGCUUUGGGGAGAGCUCAGGAGCUGCUUCUGAUCCUGGACGAGUAUUGGGGCUUGCACCCCGAGCUCCACGACAUCCCCAUCUACUACGCGUCGUCUCUCGCCAAGAAAUGCAUGGCCGUCUACCAAACGUACGUGAAUGCGAUGAACGAACGGAUUCGGCGUCAGAUCGCCAUUAGCAAUCCUUUCGUGUUCAAGCAUAUCUCCAAUUUGAAGAGCAUCGAUCACUUCGACGACGUGGGACCGUGCGUGAUCAUGGCGACCCCCGGCAUGAUGCAGAGUGGAUUAUCCCGAGAGCUCUUCGAAGCCUGGUGCGGAGACACGAAAAACGGCGUCAUUAUCGCCGGUUAUUGCGUCGAAGGCACGCUAGCCAAGCAAAUUCUAUCGGAGCCCCAGGAGGUGACUUCGAUGAACGGCCAGAAAAUGCCUCUGAAAAUGAGCGUGGACUACAUUUCGUUCUCCGCGCACACCGAUUACCAGCAGACUUCGGAAUUCAUCCGAGCUCUGAAGCCUCCGAACAUAAUUCUAGUUCACGGAGAGCAGAACGAGAUGUCUCGGCUGAAGGCUGCGAUCGAACGCGAGUACGAGGGCGAAGACCUUAAAAUGGACGUGUACAAUCCCGCGAACGGGCACGCAGUCACUUUGAAGUUCAGAGGAGAGCGGCUGGCCAAAGUCAUGGGCACGCUCGCCAUGGAGAAGCCCGAAGCCGGUCAGCAUAUCAGCGGAAUCUUGAUAAAAAGGAAUUUCAAUUUUCAUCUGCUGGCUCCGGAGGACCUCUCGAAAUACACAGACUUGGUGCAAUCGACAGUCACACAAAAAGCUUCAUUGGCCUACUCAGGAACUUUCAGAGCGCUACAGUUCUUCAUUUCGAGACUGCUGACCGUGCAGGUCGUGGAGCCGGGCCGAGUCAUGAAUGUCAUGGACAGGAUCUCAUUGACGAUGGAGGACAAAAUGAUCAUUCUCGAGUGGACCAGCUCCCCCGACAACGAUAUGCUGGCCGAUGCCGUUAUGACCUGUGCUAUCAGGGCACAGACCCAACAAACGACGAUACCUAAGGGGGUCAGCGAGUAUACAAUCGACAAGUAUAAGUUGUCGGACGCCAUUUUGAAGAUGUUAAGAGACAUGUUCGGCGAAGAAUCCGUGUCCAAUGUGGUCAAAGGAGAACGGAUGACCGUGACGGUCAGUAGUAAACGCGUUGAUGUGAGUUUGAAAGACAUGAAAGUAACAUGUGCUGACGAUAAAACUCUCGAGACGAUCGUCGGUAACGCUGUGAUGCGCAUGUAUGACACUCUUAUGCCGUGUAAAUAG